CAUUCGACGUUCAGCACCCGGAAACCUCCACAGCCAACAUUUGUUUGUUGGUGAUUCCCUCGGCCUUUUACCACAUAAUCGAGAUUCGACGAUACAUGAAGUCGGAUUCGCCGGCGCUCUUUUCUGUCAGACAGUCUUUCUAUGGAAAUUCAAAAACCGAGAAAUUUGAUAUUUUUUGGCUACACCGCCUUGUCACAAAGUAGCUAUAUCAAGUAUAGUUUAUCAAUAAGGAGGGCUCUUCUGGUUGAAAAAGAGUGGCUACUUGAUAGAUCUAGGCUCUUUCGAUGCCUAGUAGACCUUGUUAUCUUCGGGACUUGUACUUACUCUAAUGUGGCUUAG